AUGGAGGUUUCCUACUGCUCUCCUCUCCAGCUCCAGGACAACUCUUUCCUGUUUGACUGCGAGUCCCUGCUGGACAAUACCUAUGAUCCCCUGGCAUACGAUCCAGCCUCAGACCCUGGUUACUUCAGCGCAGGCAGCAGCAGCCUGUCUCCCACGUCUUCUGUGGACUCCUUCUGCUUCUCCCCCAAUUCCCUCCAGGCCGCCGGAAACGAACCGAACGCCAUUGACAAUUUCGUCUUCAAAAGCCCAGCAAUUCCUCGCAUCAACCACGGGACGCCAUCUCCUCUUUGCUCCGGAUCCUCCACGGCCAAGUCCUCCUCUACAAAGAAAUCCAGAUCCAGGUAUCCGGGGAAGAAGCGUCAGACAGCCAGCGACAGAGAGAAGCUGAGGAUGAGGGAUCUAACCAAGGCCCUCCAGCACCUCAGGACAUACCUGCCUCCCUCGGUGGCUCCGUCCGGGCAGACCCUGACCAAGAUCGAUACGCUACGCCUCACCAUACGCUACAUCUCCCACUUGUCAGCUCAACUGGGCCACAGCGAGGAGGUGCUGGAGCAGAGAGCCUCAGGGUUUGGGGAGCAGCCCCAAAACCUCAGCCAGUUCCUGGGUCAGCCAACAGCCAGCUACAGCCAUCAAGAACCAGACUGUAACACCAUGAGCUCAGCACAUCUGUCCUCUCUGCAGCCCUCAUAUCAGGUUUCAAAUGGAGUUUGCUUCACCGGCGAGCAGUUCUGGAUGUCACAGCAGCAACUUCAGAACGCUGCCUUCUCUGGACAUUGUUGA